UGCUCUGCUCACGAGGCUGCAGUUCUAUUUGGGAAGUUGGCAGCUCGAGGCAGAGGGGCUUUACUCUCGCGACUCUGGAAUUAUGAACAGCGCUGGUCUGACCAGCAUCUUGUUUUGAACAUUAUUCCCACUGAUCUGAGACCAUGGAGUUCGGAACCCGCAUUUUCAUCGCAUUCCUCGUUUGCCAGGUUGUAUGCACUGGAGCGCAGGAAGAGGAAGAGAAGACUGAAUGUGUACCGGGAUUUCAGGAGAAGGAGUACCAGGUGGAGUACAGUGGAGGGUUCCUCAAAGACGUUCCUCUGCUGCAAGUGGUUUUCGACGACUGCGCUGGAAAUGAGGGUGUUGAGUUUGAAGUAUCGAACCCUGACUUUCUAAUCGACGAGAACCUGAAUCUGGUUCCCAGAAGAGACGUGAUUGACAGCGGAGAUGUCAUGUUUGUCCACGGUGUCAACGUUCAUGUUGAUGACAUGGCACAGGUGACCAUUAUGGGAGCACCAUCCAGAUCUCCUCAGACACUCAGGGAGAUCCUGGGUCUAUCAGACAUGAUGCCAUACCGAUCCAAAAGAUCCCUGCUGGUGCCCCCCAUGUUUGUCCCAGAGAACCAGAGAGCCCCCUUCCCCAGGUUAAUUGGAAAGUCGCAUGUGAUCUCAUCUGACAUGAAGGAAGACCACAUCUUCCGUCUGAUGGGAAGGGGAGCAGAUCAAGACCCUAAGGGUGUGUUCAGCAUCAACCGACUGACGGGAGAUGUGGCAGUUAGCCGAGCCCUGGAUCGAGAGGCCAUUGCGUACUACCAUCUCCAGGUAUCCACCACUGACCUAAGUGGCAGAUUGGUAGAGGGACCUGUAGACCUGGACGUGUCUGUUAUUGACCAGAAUGACAACCGACCGGUGUUCAAGGAGCCGCGUUACUCUGGGGAGGUUCUGGAGGGCUCCCCCACAGGCACUACAGUGAUGACCAUGACGGCUUACGACGCAGACGAUCCCAACACGGACAACGCUGUACUGCGCUACAUCAUCGUGAGACAGCUGCCCGAUAAACCUUCACCCAAUAUGUUCUACAUCGACCCGGAAAGAGGCGACAUUGUCACCGUGAUAGCACCCCACCAGCUCGAUAGAGAGACUCUUCCAACCACGCAGUAUGAGCUAGAGAUUGUGGCGAAGGACAUGGCAGGAAGUGAUGUGGGACUGACAGGAACCGCAACAGCCACCAUCACCAUCACAGACAGGAAUGACCACGCACCCGAGUUUACACACUCACUGUUCCAGGCAUCAGUGAAUGAGGGAUCAACUGGGGUGGUAGUGAACCUGACAGUGGAUGACAGAGACGACCCCGCCACUGGAGCCUGGAGAGCCAUCUACUCCAUCAUCAAUGGAGAUCCCAACCAGAACUUUGAGAUACAGACCAACCUGGACAACAAUGAAGGGAUGCUGUCAGUGGUAAAGCCUCUGGACUAUGAAAGUUCAAUGUUUCACACACUGCUGAUAAAAGUGGAAAACGAAGACCCUCUGGUUCCUGACAUUGUGUAUGGCCCCAGCUCUACAGCGACAGUUUACAUUACAGUUAUGGAUGUGAAUGAAGGACCGGUGUUCUUCCCAGAUCCUCUGGUUGUCAUCAGGAGAGAAAAUAUUCCCGUUGGAAGCUUUGUUGCCAUGCUGAACGCUACUGACCCAGACUACCUACAAACGCAGAGCAUAAGGUUCACUGUAUUGAGAGACCCAGCAGACUGGCUGAUCGUGAACCCCUUCAAAGGCAACGUCACCACCAGAGCCAUACUGGACCGCGAGUCUCCACACGUUCACAACAACCAGUACACCGCUCUCUUCAUGGCUACAGAUAGCGGAAGUCCACCCGCCUCGGGCACGGGUAAGCUGAUAAUCACUCUGGAGGACGAGAAUGACAACGCUCCCUACGUCUUCCCCUCCGUGGCCCGCGUGUGCGAGGACGCUAAAGACAUGAAUGUGGUGGUGAUCGGGGGACGAGACAAGGACAUUCAUCCUAAUACAGAUCCUUUCAAGAUCGAACUUGGCAAACAGCCAGGACUGGAGAAAACAUGGAAAAUCUCCAGGAUCAAUGACACUCACUCCCAGAUCAUGUUGCUGCACAGUCUGAAAAAGGCUAACUACAACCUGCCGCUGGUUCUGACCGAUUCUGGCGUGCCUCCAAUAUCCAACAACACAGAACUGAAAGUUCAAGUGUGCACCUGUAAGAAGAACAGAAUGGACUGCAGCCGUGCCGGCUCCAUCCAAACAAACCUCUUGCUAUUGCUCGGCCUGGUUCUGCUCUCCAUCCUCUGUAAGUAUCCUUUCAUUCCACCCUCUACAACACUCACAUGCACGCCUAACCCCUCUUAUCAGAAUGCUGGAAAUGCCAGGUGA